UUGUUUACUGACUCAGAGAAGAGCCAAGAUGUCUGCCCUGGACGUGGAGGAUUUUAUUCAACAGAACAGAGCUUUGGCUGACCAGGUGGAAACACACCGAGGUUACUGGGAGAGUGAGAAACACUGGGACGCUCGGAGAGAGUUCAUCCUGAGGAACAUCAGUGACUUUCAGGCGGAGCAGCUGGACCCGCUGCUCUCUCUGUCCAUGGUGUGGGCUAACAACGUCUUCCUCGGCUGUCGGUAUAGCACAGAGCUCCUGGAGAAAGUGAAGGAAAUGGCUGAAGGCAUUGUGGUGGAGGACGCGCCAGUCUUCAAGACAAGAGAUGAGAUUAUGAAGAAGCAACAGGGUCGAUGACAAACUUAGUCAUACCUUCUGGUAGUGUUGGAUGAGGACUGAAGGCUGAAAGGAAUCAGCUGUUGUGUACCUGCUGUGCUGUAUUUUACAUCGUACAAUUCAACCCUUUUUUUUUUUUUUAAAUCAACGGCCAGAUUGGAGAGCAUACAUCAAAAAAUGUGUACAAUUUACAGCUAAGAGAGUCGUUCAGAUUUUUGUUUUUAAUCUGUGCAACUAAGAUGUUUUUGUCAGGGUUGGAGAUUCACUGUCAUUACAGAAUGGUUUCUUUGUUUUAUACAUUUUUUUAAUUAACUCAUUGUAAGACACUUGUCCAAAUGACCCUACUUGUAGCUUAAUAAAGGACAUGAAUUUUC